CGUGGCUGGUGUAUUAUUGACCUCUUCCUCCCCCAGAAUCCUCCAGGACUGCCCAGUAUAGUGGUGACGUGGCUGGUGUGUGGUCUGAGAGGAUCCAGGUUCAUCAUUGACUGGCAUAACUACGGCUACACCAUCAUGGCCCUCUCACACGGCCCGGACCACCCCAUCGUCAGGCUGGCACAGUGGUCAUUGUUUGGGCGACUCUCCAGCCAUAACCUUUGUGUCACCAACGCUAUGAAGGAAGACCUCCCAGAACACUCCUCCUAUAGGGCGACCACAUUGUAUGACAAGCCACCUGCUAUCUUCAAGGAGACUUCAGUAGACCUAAAGCACCAGCUGUUCAUGAGGCUGGCCAAGACUAUUCCUCAGUUCCGGGUCUGUGGUGGGCGACCUGGUGAUGAGACAGAGAGAACAGCGUUUACAUGUCGUGACCCCAGUGACCUUUCUGUGACUUUGACCUCAGGUCGACCUGCCCUACUGAUCAGCAGCACCAGCUGGACCGAGGAUGAGGACUUCUCCAUUCUGCUGAAGGCUCUGGAAGACUACGAGGGGUUUGUGAAAGCAGGAGCCUCUCUUCCCUCACUGGUCUGUGUCAUUACAGGUAAGGGUCCUCAGAAGGACCACUACAGGAAGCUGAUCGACACCCUGCGCUUUGAGCACGUGAAGAUCUGUACUCCAUGGCUGGAGGCAGAGGACUACCCUGUUCUGCUAGGCUCAGCAGAUCUGGGUGUUUGUCUCCAUAAGUCGUCCAGUGGUCUGGACCUGCCUAUGAAAGUGGUGGACAUGUUUGGCUGCUGUCUGCCUGUCUGUGCCAUCCACUUCUACUGUCUACAUGAGCUGGUGAAGCACGAGGAGAACGGGUUGAUCUUCAAAGACUCUGAGGAACUAUCUGGACAGCUCAAGGCUCUGCUAUGGGACUUCCCUGACUGUGAGGAUGAGGGCAAACUGGGUCAGUUCAGGAGGAACCUCCGGGCCAGUGGGGGGCAGCGGUGGGACCAGAACUGGGACCAGAACGUCCUGCCUCUCCUCACUGCACCCUGACUCCCCCUGUUAGACAGAGCUCUUUACAGCAGCUGACUCAUCCCCUCUCUACAUCUUCGCUCCGUCUCAAACCUACUUCUUGAGCCUCCAAUCGUGAAUAUUUUAACAGACGCUCUUAUCCAGAACGACUUACAGGAGCAAUUAGGGUUAAGUGCCUUGUUCAAGGGCACAUCCACAGAUGUUUCACCAAGUCUGCUCGGGGACUCAAACCAACGACUUUUUGGUUACUGGCCCAACGCGCUUAACCGCUAGGCUACCUGCUCUGAACCGCUAGGCUACCUGCUCUGAACCGCUAGGCUACCUGCUCUGAACCGCUAGGCUACCUGCUCUGAACCGCUAGGC